CAUCAAAAGACAAAAGUCAUUCGCAGGCAAUACUUACACGUGACGCCAUCAGUAUUUACGAAAUUGCCCCGCCGUCAGAGGCGGCGUUCCAACGGUCACCCGCCCGCACAAACCGUCAUCCACCACACACCAUGACCACCAACUCCUCUUCCUCUCCCACCACCGCCGAUUCCGCUGCCAAAAUCCCCAUCGACAUCAUCAGCGAAGAGGAAAUGGCUCUCAUCGAAGCUGCCCUGGCCGCCGCCGCCGCCACCGCCAUGCCUGCUUCUCACCUCCACAGAAAUUCGAAAUCACUCCGCUCCAUCACUCUCUUGUCCAAGCGCGGAAUAUGCGCUUGCACGUCUACCGGCCCGUCCGACAUCGAGGAUUCGGGCCGGGCCUGCGGGUCCAGUCCUCAGAAGAAUAAGAGGAACGUAGUGCUUGAGUCAUUUCUGAAUCGAUUCCGAAAGGGCAGAGGCUUGUCCGUCUCCGAUCUUACCGGCACGGAAUGGUGUGAAAAGCAGACGGAGUUUAUUCUACUCUUUGGUAAACCAAAAAGGACGAAAGCUAUGAAAGCAGGUAGUGCGCGGCAUGUAGUACUUGAAGAAGAGGUAAUUAAAAGGGUGAAAGUUCAGGUUGAAAGUGCUGAAGAUGCGUGGGCUCUUAAAUUUAUGAAUUUCAUUGUCGGUAGCAAUCAACUAUUGUUUGAUGGAUUAACGCGCGAGUUACCUUUAGUAGGCUUUGUAGAAGGUGUAUGGAUGGUGGGGAUAAUUGAUGAACUUCGGAUGCCUGUAUCCGAGUCCACAAAAUUUCCAGUAUUAGUUGACACCAAAACUCGUGUCCGGCCGACCCUACCAGGCGAACCACAAAAAAGAAAUGGAAGGUUUCAACUUAUGUGCUACAAGUAUAUGUGGGACAGUUUAGUUGCAGACGAGUUUCCCACCAAAAAGUUCUUUGAUUUCUUUUCAUUGAAUCCCAAUCAUAUUUUAUCUCCAGAAAUUAGAGAUAAUACAACCAAAUCAGGCUUUCCGUCAGAGACUCUGAGUGAUGUGGUACGGUAUUUUGGAAAUAGUUGUAGAUCGCUGCCUAUGGCUCAUGACCAGCUAUUGUUGAGGUACGAGUUACAGGAGGAUCAUUCCUUAUUAGGGGAAGAUGAAUUCGUGUAUGACCCUGAUUUGGUCAAAGAUCAAAUCAAGUCAUGUCUCGAGUUUUGGCUGGGCAAGAGAGAAGCCAGUUACCCUCCGAUGGAGGAGCUCUGGAAGUGCAAGUUCUGCAAGUUCGCCUCCGUAUGUCCAAUUAACUCGGACCCAGACGAUUCUCCAAUUAAAAAGGGCGAAGACAUUCCUUCGCCCGACCUGACACCUAAGUAAGCCAUUUGGUAAAGAAAAUGAGCGGUUUGAUAAUCUCCUUGAUUCUUGCUGGGACUGUUACUAUUGAUUUCUCCCAUUAGGAGCAUUUAAUAAGUGGUUUAAUUUUAAUGAGCAGUUUAAUAUUGUUGUAAAGUUCAUUGUUAUUGUCUAUUGUUUAUUGUUAUAACAUAGGAUCAAAUGUCAAAUAGGAAGUUGUGAUAGUGUAUUUAUUUUUACUGCUGCAUUGUAAAAAAUGCACCUGAACUUUGUCUCAUAAAUGAAGAGGUAUACAUUUUAUCUUU